AUGAUGGCCACCAAGCGAAAAGCUACAUCAGAGGGGGCCACAACUCCCAAACGACGCCAGAAGCAGGAUGUCUUGGACAAUGCCGACUUGAUCUAUGAGGAGGUCCACUCCGAUGCCGAGUAUUCACCUCCGCAUACCCCAAGUCAAAUGAGCGUGGACUUCAACGAAACUCCCGAAACCCCCUUCUCGGCCACCUCUUCCCGACCUCGAUACCCAUCUGAGGGCAAACACCUAUCGUGCCCAAUUGAGGGUUGCGAUAAAGCCUUCAAUCGUCCGUCUCGGCUCCAAGAGCAUAUGCGAUCACACAACAACGAGCGAAUUCACAAGUGUGACCAUGACGGCUGCGACAAGACAUUCUUGCGCCCUUCCCAUCUCCAACAUCAUAUCAAGAGCGCCCACACGACUGUUCGCGACUACGUUUGCGACCAACCAGAUUGUGGAAAGAGCUUCGUGAGCGGGUCACGUCUUCGCCGGCAUCUGGCUACGCAUGAAGGAAAGGACGGGUACCGCUGCACAGAGUAUCCACCUUGCAACGAGACUUUCCGAAAGCACUCGACGCUACAGAAGCAUGUCAUGGUUGCCCACUUGGGCAAGAAGCCAUAUCCAUGCAAUCACUCGGACCCAGUCACCAAAGAGAAAUGUGAGAUGGCUUUCGACACCGCUGGUAAUCUACGGACUCACCAGGCUAGGGUCCAUGUCGAGAAGCGUUUUACAUGCACGGAGUGUGCCGAAAACCAGCAAUCUUCUGACAUGAUCAACGCCGAUACAAAUCAGGAUGUGUCAUUCCCCUCAUAUGCGAGUCUACGAGAGCAUAUCCAAAUUGUACACCCUCCUCAAUGCCCUCACUGUCCCCUCGUCUGUUCGACGCCACGCGAGCUUCGCCGUCAUCUUGAGAUAGCCCACGGCAAUGUCAGUCUUGAGCAGCGAAAGGUCUUUGCCUGCACCGUUCCCGAUUGUGGUCGUAGCUUCACCAAGCAGGGCAAUCUGAACGUGCAUAUUCGUACGGUACACGAGGGUGAGAAACGGUUUGUCUGCGGCGAAACGGACCUCUCAACCAGCAAAAAGGCGGAGGGAUGGGACGGCAUCGGUUGCGGCAAGCGCUAUGGCAACAAAAUGACACUCGAAGAGCAUGUUCGCGUUACGCACAUGGGACUCCCGAACACCAGAAAACGCCGUCAACGUACAGCAGAAAGCAAGCAAUCAGCUCCAGGUUCGGUAUCCACGCUGUCCGCCCUUACAGGCCAAGGCUAUGCCGAGGAGACCAGACGCCAGAUUGCAUGCUUCUUCUCCGAGUCGUGCCCACAUCGCUUCCACCGCAACUACGAUCUAUGGGUGCACAUGACCGCCAAACACGGCUGCACCGAAGAUGAAGUCCAAUGUCUCUUUAUGCAGCGCGCAUUGCUUUCCGACGAGUCAGGCUCUGGUGGCAACUCGCUGGGUAUCUAUGGUCUUGGACUUGACCAGGACAGCCAGUCUUACUACCAACACUCCUAUGCUGCUGGAGAUCACUCCUCUGAUAUCGCUUUCGGCUCACAGUCGAACGACUCGUUUUAUCUGCCCAGCCAACCAGCCUCAAACACUGAUUAUUUGAUGCAACUUGAUUCUAUGAUACCCGGCCAAGAUGGCAUGCCAUUGGCCAACCCUCUCCCUGUUGAUUAUUCGAUGGAACACUGA